AUGGCUAACAAGCACGAUCUGCCGGCCCCACCAAUAAAAAGUACCGAGGGUCAACUCCUCUGUCUUACCAUAUGUGGAUACCGCCGUCCAGGUAUGAGCGAGGACGAUUAUCGACGUCACAUGACGCAGGUUUCUGGACCGAUGACAAAAGAGUUGAUGGUAAAAUAUGGAAUCAUUGGAUGGAGAAUGCUUCACAACACGACCGAAACUCGUAAUCUCAUGCGACAGCUCUUCAAUGAGCACAUGAUCAAUUUGGCCGACUUCGAUUGCUUCAGCCAAGUGACUUUCAAGAGCAUUGAUGGCUAUAAGCGAAUGAGGGAAGAUGCUUUAUACAAAAAGCAAAUUUCAGGAGAUCAUAUCAAUUUUGCGGAUACGCAAAGGAGUAUGAUGACUAUUGGAUGGGUUACAGAUGUUAUUGAGAAUGGAAAAUUGGUAGAG